AUGAGUGUGGAAAGCCGCAGCACAGGUCGCCGAACUAUUAGCCAAUAUUUAGCCAAAUAUUUAAGCAAAAGUUUUCACUUACGGCAAAUUUAUCAGCAACACGGCCUAACUUCUCAGCAUAAAACUUAUCGCUUUUUUAAAAACCUCUAUUCUUACGAGCAAAGAGAAGCCAUUCUUAAAAACGGUGCCAAAUGCGACCAGUUAACUGGGCAAUACUUGCCUCGCAAUCAGCACAUUUUUCGCCACUCUGAUAAUUCCUAUCACUACCGCCUUAACGAAACCUUAACCGGACACUGUGCUAAGCCGCUUUUGAUCAGAAAAAGUUAUCGCUUGGGCUAUCAUGUUUUAAGCACCCUUCCUCUGCUCCAACUGGCUCGCCAAAGCCAACUAAACGAACCCUUAACUUUCCGCAAAAAACCAACUACUAAACUAGUCCCCCAAGAUUUCCAAGAAUACUUAAUAACUAGCCUACUUUUACUGGCUAAACAAGCCGAAUUUGUUAAUCUUCCCUUAGAACAGUCCCAAGUUCCCCAUAAUGGCUCUAAAUGCGACCAAUUAGAUUAUACUCACUUCCAAAAAAAACCUAUUCUUCGCUUUAAAUUCGCCCGCGCAAGUGCUAAUUUAGUUAAAGAAUUCAUGCUUAAUUUAGAUAACCAAGCCCAAACCUUGGACCUCGACGAAGCCCAAAACUUCACCGAUAAUCGCUUCCCCGACCCUCUUCAAUCUAGAAAUGCUUACUUAAACCGCUGA